AUGGUCGUUUCAAGCGAAGCUCAUGGCCAGAUGGAAUCCGAAUUCGACUACGGGCCGCCUUCCCCGAGUGGCCGCUCCCACGCAAUGUUGACUCCCAGGCCAGACAGAAGGAGGACACGUGCAGCUACUCGAUACGGAGGGGCGAGCCUAUCAACGGCUCGCAGCAAGACGCCGGAGCCUCUUGCGCUUCCGCCUCAGUACGUCUCCAAGGGCGCCUCCAAGGGCCUCCGGGCGCCCGGGACCCCAUGUGGAUGUAACUCGUCGUCGGCAAAUCUCAAGCAGAUCUGGACAAGAGCUGUCAACGCCAUUCCGUCACAGGAAUACCAUGAUACGCUCCAUAUCUACCGAGCCCACCUUGAUGACCCGCAGAUAGUCAAGUUCGUCCUCGUUGGUGGGAGACCUCUAGCCACGAGCUUUGACAUGCUUGCUUUUGAUUUUUCGCCCAAGGAAUGA